AUGUCAUUUCACGCUCAAAUACGACGACGUCAAAAUCGAAGGCGCGCUCGAAGGCGAAUAACCGCGUAUUCUUCUCUGUCUAUCGUAUUCUUCGCUUUACUCGCGAUCAUAUGUCUAUGUCCGACCUCUGUAAAGGCGGGCUCUGAUGACAAUAAUAAAAUCGAUGGUCCUGUCAUUGGUAUCGACCUGGGAACUACAUAUUCCUGUGUUGGGGUACAGCGAGGCGACCGUGUUGAAAUUAUCGCAAACGAUCAAGGUCAUCGUAUCACACCGUCUUGGGUCAGCUUCAAGGAUGAUGAGAGAUUAAUCGGGGAAAGCGCCAAACACGCAUUUCAUUCCAAUCCGCACAAUACGGUCUUCGACGCCAAGCGUUUGAUAGGUCGUAGGGUCGACGAUCCAGAUGUACAGAAGGACAUCAAGCACUGGCCUUUCAAAGUUCAGGAGAAGAACGGAAAGCCGACGAUUUCUGUGCAAUGUAACGGCGAGACGCGCGACUUUUACCCGGAAGAAAUCAGCGCCAUGGUACUUUCCAGGAUGAAGGAGAUAGCUGAAUCAUAUCUGGGGGAAAAGGUCUCGCACGCCGUAGUCACUGUUCCUGCGUACUUCAAUGACGCCCAGCGCCAAGCCACGAAAGAUGCGGGAACGAUCGCCGGACUCAACGUCCUUCGCGUCAUGAGCGAACCUACCGCUGCUGCCCUCGCCUACGGCCUCAACAAGAAAGGUGCUGAAUCCAAGAUCAUCGUCUAUGAUCUCGGCGGAGGAACCUUCGACGUAUCCCUACUCUCUAUCGAGGAUGGUGUUUUCGAGGUUCUCGCCACCGCCGGAGAUACUCACCUCGGAGGUGAAGACUUUGACAAUCGCGUCAUCGACCACUUGGUGAAGAAGUACAAGCAGAAUACGGGAACUGACGUCUCAACGAACCAGAAAGCGAUGGGAAAGCUCAAGAAGGUGGUAGAGGACGCCAAGCGCACGCUGUCUAUGCAGAAAAGCACCAGGAUCGAGAUUGAGAGCUUCGAGAAUGGGAACGAUUUUUCAGAGAUGCUGACGAGGGCAAAGUUCGAAGAGCUCAAUAUGAGUCUUUUCAGGAAGACCAUGAAACCUGUUGAACAGGUUUUGAAGGACGCGGAUAUCUCAAAAGAUGAUAUCGACGAAAUCGUCCUUGUUGGCGGAUCCACACGCAUUCCCAAAAUUCAGCAAAUGCUCAAGGAUUAUUUCGGGAAAGAGCCGUCGAAGGGUAUCAAUCCUGACGAGGCUGUCGCUUACGGUGCUGCUAUACAAGGAGGUAUCCUUUCCGGUAUUGAAAAAGGAGCUAUCGUCGUAGACGUCUGUCCUCUGACCUUGGGUAUCGAAACAACCGGCGGCGUAAUGACAAAACUCAUUCCUCGUAACGCCAUUAUCCCCACACGCAAAAGUCAAAUUUUCUCUACCGCGGCUGAUAACCAGUCCAGAGUCUUUAUUCAAGUAUUCGAGGGAGAGAGGGGGAUGACGCAGGACAAUGACCUCUUGGGAAAAUUUGAAUUGACAGGCAUACCGCCGGCUCCGCGAGGUGUUCCUCAGAUUGAAGUAACCUUUGAAGUAGAUGCCAAUGGAAUCAUGAAAGUUUCUGCUGCUGAUAAGGGAACCGGGAAAACGGAGAGCAUCACUAUCGAGAACGAAAAGGGUCGUCUUAGUCAGGAGGAGAUCGACAAGAUGGUUGUUGAGGGCGAGAGAUUUGCCGAACAGGAUAAACGUCAAAAGGAGCAGAUUGAAGCAUUGAACGCCUUGUCGUCCUUCGUAUACCGACUCAAAGGUCAACUGCACGAGGAAGAGGGACUUGGUGGAAAGCUCGACGAUUCUGACAAGAAAACUGUUUCGGAGGUAAUUCAUAAGACUAUAGAUUGGAUCGAGGAUAGCGGAUCCAGUGCUACGACAGAGGAAUUGGAGGAAAAAUUAGCUGAGAUUCAAAGUACUGUAAAUGCCAUUACUGCCAAGCUAUAUGAGUCUUCAGGUCCACAAGAAUCAGGAUGGGAGCGCCCUGACAAUGAGUUGUAG